GAUCACGUGAUUAACGUUUUUUCCAAUCAGUGUGAGGUGGGGGCGCGGUUGCGGCCGGUGGGGCGGAGUUACCGCCGGUGAGGGGCGGAGCUGUGUGAAGGGUUGCCGGUACACGGUGCCGGUCAUGCUGCUGCACUUCUUACAGGUCGGGCUCCGCCGCUGUCCGGGCUCAGUCAGGCACGUCCAGCUGUCCUGCCCAGCACGGCCCCCUCCUGCACCGCCACGCCUGCAGCUGUACGCCCGCCUCCGAGAUGCCACCCGCGGCCAGCCACGCUGCUCUGCCAGAACCGGCAUCAAGGGCAGAACGCUGGCAUUGCUGCUGGGUCCGGCCUUUGUGGGGUUGGGGGGAAAGGUUGCCCUGUGCCAGCUGGAGGUGCAGAGUCCCCCGCCCGUCCUGUGCCAGAGGGAGACCCCCCAACCAGAAUUCAGCUGGACAGAGUUCUGGAAGCUUCUGAGGCCCCAGCUACUGGCCCUGGUGUCAGCCAUCAUUUUGGCGUUCGGUGCGGCAUUGCUGAAUAUACAGAUCCCACUGAUCCUAGGAGAGCUGGUGAAUGUGGUGGCGCGCUACACCAGAGAGCAUGCUGGGGAUUACAUCCGUGACAUACAGGGUCCGGCCAUGAAGCUGCUGUCUCUGUAUGCAGCCCAGGGCCUGCUGACCUCUGGUUAUAUCAUCCUGCUGUCUCGGGUCGGGGAGCGAGUGGCCGGCAGUAUGAGGAAAGCUUUGUUCACGUCUCUUUUGCACCAGGACGUGGCUUUCUUUGACGCUCAUAAGACCGGGCUCCUGGUAAACCGUCUCACCUCCGACGUCCAGGAGUUCAAGUCCGCCUUCAAGCAGGUGAUAUCCCAGGGCCUCAGGAACAUCACCCAGACGUUCGGCUGCUUCGUCUCCCUCUAUUACAUCUCCCCAAAACUGACCGGCCUCCUGGUGGUGGUGAUGCCCCUGCUGGUGGGGGCUGGGGCCGUCAUUGGCUCUGUUCUGCGUAGAUUGUCGCGGCGGGCCCAGGAACAGAUCGCCAAGGCGACAGGCGUGGCCGACGAGGCGAUAGGAAACGUGCGCACGGUGAGAGCUUUCGCCAUGGAGGAUCGCGAGGUGGAGCUGUACUCCGCCGAGGUGGAUGAAUCCGCUCACAUCAAUGAAGUACUGGGGUUCGGGAUCGCCAUAUUCCAGGGUCUCUCCAACAUCGCCCUAAAUUGUAUUGUCCUGGGGACCAUAUUUGCUGGCGGGUCACUGAUGGCCGGGGACGAGCUCUCAGCCGGGGACCUCAUGUCCUUCUUGGUGGCUUCUCAGACCGUACAGAGGUCGAUGGCGAACACGUCGGUUCUCUUUGGGCAGGUGGUCCGGGGUCUUAGCGCGGGGGGUCGUGUCUUUGAGUUCAUGCGUUUACAGCCGGAGAUCCCAUUGAGAGGAGGGAAGAGACUUUCUGAGCUGACAGGAGAAAUACGCUUCAGAGAUGUCUCCUUCAGUUAUCCCACCCGGCCAGGUCAAGAAGUCUUGAACGGUUUUAACCUGUGUGUGCCCCCUGGUAAGACGGUGGCCAUCGUGGGACAAUCUGGUGGAGGAAAGUCCACGGUGGCCGCGCUGGUGGAGCGGUUCUAUGACCCCGUCCGGGGCGCGGUGGAGCUGGAUGGAGUCGAUAUCCGGGCACUUGACCCAUCGUGGUUGAGAGGAGAGGUCAUCGGGUUCAUCAACCAGGAACCUGUUCUCUUUGGGACAAGUGUCAUGGAAAAUAUUCGCUUUGGUCGCCCGGACGCCAGUGAUGCCGAAGUCCACGAAGCUGCAAAACUGGCAAAUGCUGAUGAAUUCAUCCGGAACUUUCCAGAUGGAUAUAACACGGUGCUAGGUGAGCGUGGAGUCACCCUCUCUGGAGGUCAGAAACAGCGGGUGGCCAUCGCUCGGGCUCUUCUUAAAGACCCCCGGAUCCUAAUCCUGGAUGAAGCUACAAGUGCCCUGGAUGCAGAAUCAGAGAGGACGGUGCAGUUAGCCCUGGAUCGCGCCUCCUCCGGCCGCACUGUGAUGGUCAUUGCUCAUCGGCUCAGCACCAUUGCAGACGCCGAUAUCAUUGUGGUUGUGUCCAAGGGCCGAAUCGCUGAGAGCGGGACCCACCGUGAUCUGCUGAGGAGGGGCGGCCUGUAUGCGGAGCUCAUACGGAGACAAAGCCAAGAGGCCCAAUGAGGCAGAAGAAUUCACCGCCUUCUGUGCACCAUCUUAUAAUAUUACUAAUAGAUGACGAAGCAAUAAAACUCCAUGGGGAAGACGAGACCCUGCAGACCCCCAUCCCUGUCUACAGGAGGACCCUCACUGAUCCGCACCGCUGCUCCGUCUCUCACUUCACAUAUAGUUUACAGACAGAAGCUCCUGGCAGAUUAUCCUGCAGUAUUACAUAGAACAGGGUUUCCCAAUUAGUGUGCCUCCAGCUGUUGCAAAACUACAACUCCCAGCAUGCCCGGACAGCCGUUGGCUGUCCGGGCAUGCUGGGAGUUGUAGUUUUGCAACAGACGGAGGCACCCUGGUUGGGAAACACUGACAUAGAAUCUAGAAGUGACACAGAAUACAACAAUAUAAAAAUGUACAGUGUAUAUAUAUAUAUUUUAUAACCCACAGUUUACAAUAGACUAAGUUCUGUCACUCAGGGAGAUGAGGAGUAUAUAAGAGGUCUGGACAAAAAAAAU